GUCACACCGCGUUGGGUUGUGUGGGUGUCGGCGCAAGUGUGAGGGUUGGCUUACACGAACAGGAGAGUCAAAGGCCAAUGAAACUGCAUCCUGUCGCGGGCAGGCCAGCCGGAGCCAGCGACAAGGGCGAGACAAUGACGCAAGUUCUUAACUACCACGACGCCGUGGUGUACGACACCGAUGUGGCACUCUUCGGCGAAGGCGAGUGGCUCAACGACAACUGCAUCAAUUGGUUUUUCAGGGUGUUGGAGCAUGAGGUGUUCCCGGGGAAGACGGAUCUCCUUUUCAUGGACCCCGCGGUGGUGUCGUGCAUGAUGAACCAGUGCGACGAUCUAGAGGAAUACGAGGACCUUGGCAGAGGUCUCGAGCUGGCGACCCGGAGCAUGGUAUUCGUGCCUGUCAACAACGCAGCGGGUCCCUUUUCGCGCGGCAGUCACUGGAGCCUCCUAGUCUGCGAAAAGGAGGUUGCGGGCGGCGACGAACGCAGAAGCCACUGGAGAUUUCGACAUUUCGACUCGUCCGAGGGGAGCAAUCGUACGCCGGCGGAGCUGACGGCGGCCAAGUUCGUGCAGAUGUUGGGCGAGAAAAGCGUCGGAGAAGGCAAACCCUCACGGGUGGAGCACGUCCGUGACGCGCCCCAGCAGAGAAACGCCUUCGACUGCGGUAUGUACACCAUCUUGCUCGCCGAGCGCUUGGCGUCGAAGGCAGCGGCGGCCGCGGCUGCUGCGAACCAACAAUCCUCGACCACGCCAACACCGCCCGUGGCGGCAUCAGCGGUGACGGGGGUGCCGCGCGGCAACAUGACCCCGCGCCACGAUAACGAGGCAGCGCCGGCAGGAAAAGGGGGAGAGGAGGGCACUGGUGGUGACGCCGGCAGUGGUGGUGGUCUCUGUAGUGUUGGUGGUGUUGGUCGGGACAAGAAUUCGGUUGUGGUAAAAGAAAACGGCUCGGGCGAGGGCAGUCGCGCUGUUGAGCCGAUGGCGAUGAGUCCCAAGUUUGUUUCGAGUGCAAGAACGCUGGCGCGGGAGCGGCUGUAUCGGUGCAUCGAAAACCAGGGACGUUGCUGAGCGGGAACGGUGCAACUCUAGGCGGCACGAGAGUCGGAGAACGUGGUUUCUUCAGAGAUCCCUUAGUAGGCGCAACAGAGGAGGGCCGAGCGGGCGAUGGGACCCCUAGGUAGACGGCGGUUCGGGGAAAGAAAAGAGUGGCCUCAAAACCUUGUAGUGACGUGUGAUUUUGACUGGUGUACAGGAUCAGAAUAUUUGUGGGCUGCUCUUGGU